CUAUUCGAGUCUCCAUGGCAAAGCGAAGUCUGACUAUGCUACAGUACCUCAAAUUAUUUGUGUUUGGCGUCGUUUCUGUUGUCACUUGACAGUAGGAAAGUUUGUUUCAAUCGGUUUUAUUCUUUGUCUAGCAUCCAACGACGAUUUGUCGAUAUUAACCUGUGACCAUGGUUAAAAAAGUGACAAAGCCCGUUGUUUCAAAAGAGGAAGAGGAAUAUCGUAAGGACAACUAUUCAGAUGUGAAAAAGGUACUGAAGAAAAACAUACUAUGCACAUCAUGCAACGGUUCGGUGAAAAACCUCAUCACAAAAGGAAAACCAAAGUGUCACCCUUUUAUGGAUACGUUACUGUGUGAUAAAUGUUUCCAAUUUUUUGGUGAUGGAGAAUUUUCUGUUGAUGAAGACGGAAGUGACAAAUAUUGCCGGUGGUGUGGUCAAGGGGGUAUGCUAUACUUAUGUUCCAAAUGCACUGCUGGUUUUUGCAAGAAAUGCAUAAAACGAAAUCUACCAAGAUCUGUGUUAAAGGAGGUGGACGACGACGAUUGGGAGUGUUUCUGCUGCAAUGUCAAACCUUUGUAUGAAUUGCGGGGAUAUUGUUGGGCAGCAUUGCAAUACACGAAACAGAUGGAAAAAAAUGGUGAAGGCACAAGCAAUAAACGCAAGUUGAAGAAUUCUAAGGACGAUGAUGACGAUGAUAGCGAUGUUGCACCGACAAAGAAAAUAAGAGUUAGUGAUAGGACCAAAAAGAACAAGAACUUGAAAAACAAAGAUGUGAGUGACAGUGAGGAGGAAAAAGUGGAGGAAAGUACAAAUUCGAAUGAGAAAUCCAGUGAAAAAAUUAGUAGAAAAGAAAAAAAGAUGUUUAAAAAAGUCUCUGCUAAAUUUGAAGCCGUUCUAAAUGAUGCUUUAACAAUAUCGUCUAAAGUUAAAACUAAGGUACUAGAGUGUAAGAAGUCCAACGACAGUUUCAAGUUACUCAAGGAUGUCAAGUCUGUUGAUAAAGCAACACAUAGUGUGGUCAAAAUGCUCGAAACGUUGGAAACUGUUUGUUCAGAUAUGAAAAAGGAUUUUCAGGAUUAUGUGGAAAUGUGGAAAAGAGAUUUGGAAGAGUUGAGACAAAUGGAUACCGAACAGGAAGAAGAACAGAGUGUGAAAAACGGUCUGUCUAAAGAUAACGAUUUUAAAGAUGAUACUAACAAUGAAUCCAAGGAAGAUAGCAAGGAGGAAGAAGACUUGAAGGAAGAUGAUUGCAAAGAAGAAAACACUGAAACAAAGAAUGAUACAAUGUCAAACGACGAGGAAAGUAAGAAUGACAAUCCAGUUGAUUCGAACGACAUGGAAGUCGACCAAGAGGAGAAUAAUGAAACAAGUAAAGAUGAAAACGAGAGUGAACACAAAGUGACAAAUGACAGUUCGAGAACAGAAGAUAAUGAUGAUUCAGUCUAUCAGAGUGACAAAGAUGUAUCAGAAGAAGAGUUAGCAGAGCGACAAUUGAAAUAGAUGCUGUACACUAAUUAAUUUUAAUUGUUUUAUUUUUUUUUUUACAGACAGGUUCCAUUUUUUAAACAUCCAAAUUAUAAUUUGUGUGAGAGAAUGUGUUUAAAUUUAAAUUGAAUGGGGUUUUGAAGUGAAACCAAUUGAAAAUAGUUUACUUAAAUGAGAAGUGAAAUAUUGUAUAUACCACAUAUUCAUAUAUAAAGCAUUGUCAUUAUUUUAAAUAAAUUAGUACUUAGAUUGUUUGUGCAAGCUGUCAAGAGACUUGUCAGUAGAACAUUAAGUACUAAUUUCUGUAAAAUAUAUUUUCAUUUUAUUGUUUC